GUGAGGACCUUGAAAACUAACCUGCUAGGGAUAUCAUACUGGGCCUCUGGGUGCCGCUGUCCGCCAAUCCGUGGCUGGAGGGAAACAAAGCAAUCCACUGACGCAGCAGUCCCUGCAGGCUUUUUAGAAACACCAUAGGAGAGGACUCUGCCUGCUGUCUCUCUCGCAAUCUGCUCCAAAUAUCUUGGUCAGGAAUCUCACGAUGUCUAGUGACCCAGAGUGAGGAGCUGCCUUUUAUUCCUGAGCAUCGCAGGGAGCAGGAAGCAGGGAGCAACGGUAGAGAGAGGUAUUCGGAUCUGAGUACCAGCAAGAAGAAGAAACAGAGGAAGAAGUCCCCCAUAAGGAAGGUGUGAGGAGUGCAGGAAUCGCUGUUUCCCUGCCUGAGGUCUUUAUUCUACGUAGCUGAUACGCUGUAAGAUUCUGGAAGAGAAGGCUAGGGGUUGAAAGGUUGGUAAUCUCUCAGAAGAUCUGUGUCUCGGUGACGGGAAAAACUACGGGUAAGUGCUGAGAAGCCUCUCUUUACAUACAGCUGGAGAAUGAGCCAGAGAGGAGCUUGAGAAUGACAGGAUAGAUCUAGCAGUUAUGCCCAAGGAAGACCCUCGGCCAUUUGAAUUUGAAGCUACUCACAGAUGGAAUUCUAAACUGGUAGCAGACCCUGAAGGACAAUGUCACCAUCAGAACCACCAACAAGGACAAACUGUCCCUCUCCUGCAUCACCCUGCAUAUCAUCGGCAUCCACAAAAAUGCUCAUUCUUCAACAAGCCUCCUAUUUCUUUUGGGUGACUGGGAACACUACCCAGAACCUCCAUCACAUACUUUAGCACUUCUCACCCUGACUUAGGGUCCCAUAUGCCUCCUGUUUCUUCUUGACCAGUGACCUGCCACUGUGGGCACUGUCAUUCUGCAUGUCAGUGAGUGCAAAGUGCUGUGGUGUUCAUGCAGACUAUCUUUGAGCUGACUCUGCGGGCCAGUGACCAGGGUUCAACUUGCUCAGUGUCAUCCUGAACUUGCAUGUGAUGGUGGAUAACCAUUGUGAAAAUGCAAGGACACUACGCCAGGAGUUACAACCAGGUGGGGCCCUCUUUGAUGCUACACCACUCACAAUGCAACCGAGCUAUCCCAUCACCAAAGUGGACACCAGCUGGGGCACAAAGGCUGACUGUCCUAUCGUGCUUCAGGUCAGCUAAUGUGGCUCUUCAAACUAGGGAUGUGCACGAGCUAGAUGCGUGCUGUGUCACUGUGGGUAACAGAUAUGCAACCUGCCAAGGUUUGUUGGUCACCAUGCUCAAUGGUGAAUCAUCACGCUGUACCUGGUUGCUGCUCACAGUUUGCAGGAGUUGCUGCCAGACGUCAGCAAUCACCCAGCACCCAACAGCAGGCAACAGACAGCACCCAACAGCUGUAGUUUAACCUGGGAUGGCCUUUGCCUUGAUCUCCAUGCUAUUUCUCCUCAGUGUGACUCUGGCCAUCUUUCUGAACCUGCAAUGCCCUCUAUAGCCCCAUUGCCUCGGGCUGCUUUCAGCCAGAUCUCUGGUCCAAGCCUGGAUAUGGAGUUGUCUCCAACUUAAAGGAAGGAAAUUUGCCGUGUUCCUACAACGUAUGUGUGGCUUUAGAUAUUUUUAAAAUCUUAAUGUCUUUAAAUUAACUCAAGAAACAGCUUUCAACCAGAUAUUCUCUGCAGUGCCAGCUAUGAAGCUUUGUUUUGUUUUGUUUUUGUUUUUGUAGAAACGGGGUUCACUAUGUUGAUCAAGCUGGUCUCAAACUCCUGGCCUCAAGUGAUCUGCCCACCUUGGCCUCCUAAAGUGCUGGGAUUGCAGGCAUGAGCCACUGUGCCUGGCCAGCAAUGAAGCUUUAAAUGUUACAUUUGAUUCAAAUGUAUUUGUGUGAUAUUUUAACAUUUUUAUUUUAUACUUAUCAUCCUUUUAUAAAUCACUCCUGCGUGUUUUUGGUUGCUGAGAGUAGGGAGCCCUACAGGUUUACUUGCUAGUUCUUAUGUAUAUUUUAAUUUGCCUUAUUAGCUCACAGUUUCUUUGGGGAAAAGUUUGUGCCUAUUAAUGUGUAUUCUGGAAAGUUACGUUCUCUGUUAAAGAGUUCCUUCCUUGCAGUAUCAAAGGUGAUUUAUUGCAUCUUUAAAUUUCUACUCUUUGGCUCCAUAUACUUGUCUUUGAGAAGCUGAGAAACUGUAGAUUUAGUUAUAUAAGAACUAAAAUUCUCUUUCCAAAAACUAUUCUUGAGACCUUUCGUUGUUUUCUUUCUUUCCUUAUUUUUAACUUUUCUCAGUCAUGGUGUCAUUGGGUUGGCUCGCUCAAUUUGUUCCUGAAGAUAUCAGACUCUGGAGUGCGGAUAGCAUGCUUCUCUAACUUUGGGGUAAAGAUAAGUAAGUCACUCUAAGCCUGAGACAUUUUAAUUAGUAACCCUUUGCUAAUACUGCAGUGAUUAAAAGAAAGAAGGCCACAUCCUCAUCUUAACUGGUUUAAAAGUACUGUUAGGAGAAAACCAACUUCUCUUGGAGAAAAUAUUAAGCACAAUUACAGGGGAAUACAUGUUAUAAGAGACAAUCUAAAAAUAAAGAUGAGACCAUUUUUCUUUUCAGCUGUGAAGAAUAAUAUCAUAGACUUUGACUCUGAAAUUUGAAAUCUAAAUUAUAUAUUCAUGUGACUUUUCAAUGAAAUUCCAAGAGCCCAGUUUUUUCUUUUUCAAAAUGUAUUACCUUUGGGUGAAUCUUAAGAAUUUUUUAAAACCUACAUAAUGCAAAGACACUUCAAAAAAAGAAGAGGAAAAAUAAGGAUAUGGUUAAACCAUGCCCUUCAAAAUCCCAAGGUUUCUGAUUGUUCAAAUCGUAAUGGGAAGGAAAUGAGAUGGUACAAUUUUUUAAAGUCUAGCUUAUAUUCUAAAAGAUUAUCUUUCCCUCCAAGACUUUUCAUCCUCUAGUCAAAGGAGAGCUGCUCUAUGUGGCCUGGGAAAUUAUCAAGUGGUCAAGCUUUACUACAGAAAAGGUGGAGAGAUGAUUUUAUCCUCAUUGUGAUGUUAGGUUUUUACUAUCAUUCCCUGAAUAGCAAACAAGGAAAGCAGAUAGCAUGAAAAUACUAAGAUUCUCCUGUAUAUUUCAAUUUGGUGACAUUUAGGCACAUUUAAGGAAGUGAACAUAUAGUUUCUCCUUUUCAUACAUAUAUUGUAGAAUGAUUUCCUUGACAAUAGACUAAAACUUAAGAAAAUAUUAAGUUAAUGAGAAAGUUUUAAGUAUUUUCUAGGAAUGCAGUAACUGGUUAGGACUCUGGGUGCCGCUGUUCACUAAUCUGGUAGAUACAGGCAGUACACACACUUCAGGAGGAGGGGGGAAAAAAAAAGCUCUUGUGCCUCUUAGAACCUCCAUAACCGCCAGAUUGAAAACAGACUGUCCAAGACUGCCUAAAUCCUACUUCUGGAUGACUCCCCACUCAGAAUUCUCCUGAAAAUUGGGUUAAUUUCAGCUCAGAAAAGCAGAAACGAUACCCUUGGUACUGGACUGGAAGAAAACUACGAAGUGAGAGAGCCAUGAAGAUUCAGAAAAAGCUGACCGGCUGCAGCAGGCUGAUGCUUCUGUGUCUUUCUCUGGAGCUGCUGUUGGAAGCUGGGGCUGGGAAUAUUCACUACUCAGUGCCGGAAGAGACAGACAAAGGUUCCUUCGUGGGCAACAUUGCCAAGGACCUAGGGCUACAACCCCAGGAGCUGGCAGAUCGCGGAGUCCGCAUCGUCUCCAGAGGUAGGAUGCCGCUUUUCGCUCUGAAUCCUAGAAGUGGCAGCUUGAUCACCGCGGGCAGGAUAGACCGGGAAGAGCUCUGCGCUCAGCGCAUGCCAUGUCUCGUGAGUUUUAAUAUCCUUGUUGAGGAUAAAAUGAAGCUUUUCCCUGUUGAAGUAGAAAUAAUUGAUAUUAAUGACAACACUCCCCAAUUCCAGUUAGAGGAACUGGAGUUUAAAAUGAAUGAAAUAACCACUCCAGGUACCAGAAUCUCAUUGCCAUUUGGACAAGACCUUGAUGUGGGUGUGAACUCACUCCAGAGCUACCAACUCAGUUCUAACCCUCAUUUCUCCCUGGAUGUGCAACAGGGAGCCGAUGGGCCCCAACAUCCAGAGAUGGUGCUGCGGAGUCCCCUAGACAGAGAAGAAGAAGCUGUCCACCACCUCAUCCUCACAGCUUCUGAUGGGGGUGACCCAGUCCGUUCAGGGACCCUCAGAAUUUACAUUCAGGUGGUGGAUGCAAAUGACAAUCCUCCAGCAUUUACUCAGGCACAAUACCAUAUGAAUGUCCCUGAAAACGUGCCAUUGGGCACUCGACUGCUCAUGGUAAAUGCCACCGACCCUGAUGAGGGAUCUAAUGGGAAAGUAACGUACUCCUUUCACAAUGUAGACCACAGAGUGGCCCAAAUAUUUCAUUUAGAUUCUUACACAGGAGAAAUAUCAAAUAAAGAACCACUAGAUUUCGAAGAAUACAAAAUUUAUUCAAUGGAAGUUCAAGCCCAGGAUGGUGCGGGGCUCAUGACUAGAGCUAAGGUACUGAUCAAAGUUUUGGAUGUAAAUGACAAUGCCCCAGAAGUGACCAUCACCUCUGUCACCACUGCAGUUCCAGAAAACUUUCCUCCUGGGACCAUAAUUGCUCUUAUCAGUGUGCAUGACCAGGACUCAGGAGACAAUGGCUACACCACAUGUUUCAUUCCUGGAAAUUUACCCUUUAAAUUGGAAAAGUUAGUUGAUAAUUAUUACCGUUUAGUGACUGAAAGAACACUGGACAGAGAACUUAUCUCUGGGUACAACAUCACAGUAACAGCAACAGACCAAGGAACUCCAGCUCUAUCUACUGAAACUCACAUUUCACUGCUAGUGACAGAUAUCAAUGACAACUCCCCAGUCUUCCAUCAGGACUCCUACUCUGCCUACAUUCCCGAAAAUAACCCCAGAGGAGCCUCCAUCUUCUCUGUGAGGGCCCACGACUCGGACAGCAAUGAGAAUGCACAAAUCGCUUACUCCCUAAUAGAGGACACCAUCCAGGGAGCACCCCUAUCUGCCUACGUCUCCAUCAACUCCGACACUGGGGUCCUGUAUGCGUUGCGAUCCUUCGACUACGAGCAGUUCCGGGACUUGCAACUGAAAGUGAUGGCGCAGGACAGUGGGGACCCGCCCCUCAGCAGCAACGUGUCGCUGAACCUGUUCGUGCUGGACCAGAACGACAAUGCGCCCGAGAUCCUGUACCCCGCCCUCCCCACAGAUGGUUCCACAGGAGUGGAGCUAGCGCUCCGCUCCGCAGAGCCCGGCUACCUGGUGACCAAGGUGGUGGCAGUGGACAGAGACUCGGGCCAGAACGCUUGGCUAUCCUACCGCCUGCUCAAGGCCAGCGAACCGGGACUCUUCGCGGUGGGGCUGCACACGGGCGAGGUGCGCACGGCGCGAGCCCUGCUGGACAGAGACGCGCUCAAGCAGAGCCUCGUGGUGGCCGUCCAGGACCACGGCCAGCCCCCUCUCUCCGCCACUGUCACGCUUACUGUGGCCGUGGCAGACAGAAUCCCCGACAUCCUGGCCGACCUGGGCAGCCUCGAGCCCUCCACCAAACCCAACGAUUCGGACCUCACUCUGUACCUGGUGGUGGCGGUGGCCGCGGUCUCCUGCGUCUUCCUGGCCUUUGUCAUCGUGCUGCUGGCGCUCAGGCUUCGGCGCUGGCACAAGUCACGUCUGCUGCAGGCUUCGGGAGGCGGCUUAGCGAGCGUGCCCGGCUCGCACUUUGUGGGCGUGGACGGGGUUCGGGCUUUCCUGCAGACCUAUUCCCACGAGGUCUCCCUCACUGCGGACUCGCGGAAGAGCCACCUGAUUUUCCCCCAGCCCAACUAUGCGGACACGCUCAUCAGCCAGGAGAGCUGUGAGAAAAAGGAUUUUCUAUCAGCACCCCAGUCUUUACUUGAAGACAAAAAGGAACCGUUUUCUCAGGUGCAGAAAUUAUUUAGGCCUCUGAGCGUCGCUGUUGACCACCUAAGGAGUAAAAAGCAGCAAAGCCAACCAAUCCAGCAACACGCCUCCCGCAGCACAACAGGCUGGAGGUUUGGCCCUAAAGCUUCAGGGCACCAAAGAAAUUCAGUCGAACAGCCCACCAUUUGUCUCCAUAGGGACCUGGGUCCUGUGAAUGCUGGUCAUCUCACAGCCUGAGGAAUAAAGAUUGGAAUCCGCACUGAAUGCUGGAAGUUGACUCGGAGAAAACUGCGACAGGAAGGAAAUGGCGGCUCUGCAAAAGUUGCCACACUGCAGAAAACUGGUCCUGUUGUGCUUCCUUUUGGCGACCCUGUGGGAGGCCAGGGCUGGGCAGAUUCGCUAUUCUGUGCCAGAAGAGAUCGACAGAGGCUCCUUCGUAGGCAACAUCGCCAAGGACUUGGGUUUGGAGCCCCUGGCACUGGCAGAGCGGGGAGUCCGCAUCGUCUCCAGAGGUAGGACCCAGCUCUUUGUUCUGAACCCGCGAAGCGGCAGCUUGGUCACUGCGAGCAGGAUAGACCGGGAGGAGCUCUGCGCUCAGAGCGCACCGUGUCUGUUGAAUUUUAACAUCCUGCUGGAGGACAAAUUGACUAUUUAUUCAGUAGAGGUGGAAAUAACAGAUAUUAACGAUAAUGCCCCUCGCUUUGGAGUAGAGGAACUGGAGCUAAAAAUCAGUGAAACCACUACGCCAGGAUUCCGGAUUCCUCUUAAGAAUGCGCAUGAUGCGGACGUAGGUGAGAACGCCCUUCAGAAGUAUGCACUCAACCUAAAUGAUCACUUCUCCCUGGACGUGCGAAGAGGAGUUGAUGGGAACAAGUACCCAGAACUGGUGCUGGAGCGCGCUCUGGACCGCGAGGAAGAGGCUGUUCACCACCUCGUUCUCGUGGCUUCUGAUGGGGGUGACCCAGUGCUAUCUGGCACCUCCCGCAUCUGCGUGAAGGUCCUGGAUGUGAACGAC